AUGGGGAAGCGCGGCAGCCAAUGGGCUCGUCGGCGGGGCCGCCUUGAGUAUUUGCAUAGCGUCGCGUCGCGGCCAAUGGCCUUGCGAGCCGCCUUGGCAAGCGCCCUCUCGCUGGGCAGCGCGGAGAGGGCUCCACCCGGCCGGGCUUGGGGCGGCCGCGACGGCUGGCCGGGCGGCCGCUGGUGGCAGCAGAAGCAGCAGCAGCAGAAGCGGGCGGAGAGAAUGGCUGCGGCUGCGUGCGGCUCGUCCGCGGACCGGCCGCCCCAGGAGCCUCCGGAGCCGCCUCCUCCGCCGCCGCCCGGGGAGCCCGCGCCGCCUCCGCCGGCGAGGAAGCGCGGCGGGGAUUCUCGCCGGCGGCAGGCCGCCCUCUUCUUCCUCAACAACAUCUCCCUGGACGGGCGGCCGCCGUGCCUGGCCCCGGGCAAGACGCCGCUGCAGUCGCCGCUGCAGCAACAGCCGCCGCCUCCGCCGCGCCCUCCGCCUCCGUCCUCCGCCGCGGCCCCCGGAGAGCGGCCCGACGACGAUGCUUUGCCCGCCUCGAGGCUCCUGCUCGCCACCCCGCCGGGGCUGCUGCUUCCCGCCGCCGCCGAGCUGGACCCUUCCCGCGGGCUGGGCGCCGCCGCCGCUGCCGCCCUCCUGCCCCAGCUGCUGCUCGGCAGUCCGCUCUGCCCCGUGCCCGCCCCGGCCGUCGCAGUCGCCGCCCCGGCCGGCCUCGCAGGGGUCUUGGCGAAGCCGGGCGUCGCCCCCGCGGGGCUGCUGAGCCCCACCCAGAGCAUCGCCGCCGGAGGAGGGUUCCCCUUGGAAGUCCAGAGGCAAAGAACCAAACACGUAUCUGGAUCACCAAGACAUAAAGGCUUGAAGAAGAUCCACUUCAUCAAGAACAUGAGGCAGUAUGACACAAGGAACAGCAGGAUAGUAUUAAUUUGUGCUAAACGAAGUUUGUGUGUGGCUUUUUCUAUCAUGCCCUAUGGGGAGAAUUUUCGGAUCAGUGAACUGAGACUAGAGGGGCAGAAGCAGAGACAUCCUUCUGGUGGCGUUUCGGUCUCUACGGAGAUGGUGCUAGGAAUGGAAGGGGUCGAGCUAGGAGCCGAUGGCAAGGUUGUGUCCUACGCGAAGUUCUUGUAUCCGACAAACGCUCUCGUUGGCCGCAAAAAUGAUGUCCAUGGUCCUGUCCCUGUGUGCCGAGCCUCCGUUCUGCGGAGUACUGGCGGAUCAAGAUACAAAACUGCAACAGCCAAAACAAUACCUUCCACAGCAGAUAUUGGAAAUGAAGUUGGCGAGUUAGCAGAGUACAACCCCAAUCUCCUGGAUGAUCCUCAGUGGCCCUGUGGGAAGCACAAACGUGUCCUCAUCUUUGCAUCGUACAUGACCACAGUAAUAGAAUACGUGAAACCAUCGGACCUUAAGAAGGAUAUGAACGAGACGUUUAAAGAGAAGUUUCCUCACAUCAAGCUGACGCUAAGCAAAAUCAGAAGUUUAAAGAGGGAGAUGCGGAACCUGAGUAUGGAAUGCAACCUGGAGCCAGUAACUGUGUCCAUGGCUUAUGUUUACUUCGAAAAGCUUGUCCUGCAAGGCAAGCUCAACAAACAGAACCGAAAACUGUGUGCUGGUGCUUGUGUGCUGCUUGCAGCCAAGAUUAGUAGUGAUCUCAGGAAACACGAGGUCAAACACCUUAUAGACAAGUUAGAAGAAAGAUUCAGAUUCAACAGAAGAGAUCUCAUCGGAUUUGAAUUUACCGUACUUGUGGCUUUGGAACUAGCCCUCUACCUUCCUGACAACCAAGUGUUACCUCACUUCCGACGUCUUACACAGCAAUCCUAGCCAAAGCUGCAUUCUAGCAGAAGUGCCGGUACUUAGACGCUGAUUUUUGGUGUUGGCAUCUGUUCCUUUCUCGUGCCACAAUAUUGAACAAUGUUGUGUGUAUACCCGACAUGAAGACUGCAGUGGGAUUUUUGUGGAGCUACGAAGAUGGUGCAGACGCCACAGAUUCCAUGUGUGAGAAGUGGCAGAC